CCCUGUUGCUGCUGCAGCCGGCCAGCCAGAAGCGCGCGAGCGGAGAGGGGCGCAUCCAGCCCGUUGGAGAGGAGCGCGGGGGCGCGUCCCCGGUGGCUCCUGAGCUGACCUUGGCUGGCCCGGCGCCUUCCGCGCUGCCAAAGGGCGACUCACCUGCUGCCUGCGCAGCGCCGGGACUAACUCGAGCGGGGCGAGGAGAACACACACUCGCACACACGGAGAGGCAAACUUGCCGCAGCCGUCGACGUCGCGGGGUUGGAAAGCGCAGAGAUGCAGGGAGCCCUGAUGUGUCUCAGCCUGGCUGGGCAAAGACGCGGGAGCCGCGGGAAGCGCACCAUGCCAGGGACGCGGCUGAUCCUCAGCCUGACUCUCCUCUGCGGCUGCACGCAGCUCCUGGUCGAGGCCAGCUCCUGGUGGUCAUUGGCUAUGAACCCAAUCCAGAGACCUGAGAUGUACAUCAUUGGCGCUCAGCCCGUGUGCAGCCAGCUGCCAGGGCUUUCCCCUGGGCAGAGGAAGCUGUGCCAACUUUACCAAGAGCACAUGGUGUACAUUGGUGAGGGGGCCAAGAAUGCCAUCAAGGAGUGCCAGUACCAGUUCCGGCAGAGACGGUGGAAUUGCAGCACAGUGGACAACACGUCUGUGUUUGGCAGGGUCAUGAGCAUAGGUAGCCGAGAGACUGCAUUCACUUACGCUGUUAGCGCUGCAGGGGUGGUGAAUGCCAUCAGUCGUGCCUGCCGUGAAGGGGAGCUUUCCACCUGCGGUUGCAGCCGGACAGCCCGGCCGAAGGACCUGCCCCGAGACUGGCUUUGGGGCGGAUGCGGGGACAAUGUGGAAUAUGGCUACCGUUUCGCCAAGGAAUUUGUGGAUGCCAGAGAGAGGGAGAGGAACUAUGCCAAGGGAUCCGAGGAGCAGGCCCGCACACUCAUGAACCUACAGAACAACGAGGCCGGCCGCAGAGCAGUGUACAAGUUGGCCGAUGUCUCCUGUAAGUGCCAUGGCGUCUCAGGUUCCUGCAGCCUCAAGACCUGUUGGCUGCAGCUGGCUGACUUCCGCAAAGUGGGAGACCUCCUGAAGGAGAAGUACGACAGCGCCGCCGCCAUGAGGAUCAGCCGCAAGGGCAAGCUGGAGUUAGUGAACAACCGCUUCAAUUCGCCUACUCCAGAGGACUUGGUGUACGUCGACCCCAGCCCCGAUUACUGCCUGCGCAAUGAAACCACGGGCUCCCUGGGCACCAAGGGCCGGCUCUGUAAUAAGACCUCAGAGGGUAUGGACGGCUGUGAGCUGAUGUGCUGUGGCCGAGGCUACGACCAGUUCAAGAGCGUGCAGGUCGAGCGUUGCCACUGCAAGUUUCACUGGUGCUGUUACGUCAAGUGUAAAAAGUGCACAGAGAUUGUCGAUCAGUACGUCUGUAAAUGAAGGGCCCACAAGAGCUACAAAUCUAUAUUAUAUAAAUCUAUAUAAAUCUAUUUUAUAUAUUUGUAUAAAUAAAUAGAUGGUGAUGAUGAUAAUAAUUAAAGACAUUUAUUUAAGAGACUUUUACAAAUCUAAAAUGUUUCCAUUAGAACAGCUAGAUGGUUGGGCUGCUCCUUUGUUAUUUAAUAGGGGAGCAAAGCGGGAGUGGGGGGUGGGGAGGUAUUUGUUUCCUGGUUUCCCCCCAACCUUGACACAAUGCAUCCGGGAUAAAAGGGAUUCUUGAGGGCCCUCGAAAAGGAUCGACCUACAGCUCCUUUAUCACAAAAGCAGGAGGAUGGGAUAUGUUCCCUUUGCUAUCUUGUGGCUGGAUUUCACCUUGGGUGUGUUCUGUGCCUUUUUCGACACAGCCAAAGGAGUGCCCUCCACGCUCAGGUCGAUUUCCAAAAGGACUUUGUGUCAUUUUCUGCUUCCUGUCAAAACACACUGUGGGAUUCCAAACUACGAGGCGAAUUACCUGUUUUAGAUAUCGGAAGAAUGAUUCAAAAGGCAGUGUCCAUGCCUGCUGUGGUUGAUGUGUGGAUUGAAGAGAGACUGUUGCACAACGGCAGAUGGUCCCUCUGCAUCAAGCGGGGGAAGGAAAACAUUACCUUUGACCUAGAAGUGCUGCUUUACCCCUGUAUAUCCUGACAGAACCCCCCCCCCCGCCCCCGGCAUCUGAUUCUCCUGCAUUUUGUGGAAUGAAGAAGGGCAGCAGCAGAAGUGGAGGGGAUCUGCUGAAGCUUUGGAAAGGCAAAACUGUCAGAAGUGGGUUUUUUGUUGGUUGGUGGAUUUUCUCUUCUGUGGAAAAGAACUGUGUGGCGUAUUGAUCUAACCUCAGGAUACAUGACAGCCGGCAACUGAUCUCUUGGGACUACUUGGAUUGUUUUGGGAAAGGGGCUAAUUUGGCAUGUCUCUGGACUUGAGAGAAAAACAGACAUGAUUCAACACAGGAUUCGACAAACACAGCACCUCAGUCUCUACGCGGACUCAGAUGGUCAUGGGUGUCACAAGGGCUUUUUCAUCCCCCUUGCCUCUGACCUAGAUGUACAGUUUCUCUUUUAACAUUAAAUAUCCCUUGUUCUUGCCCUCUC